AUGAGGGCUGUAGUUGCAUUAGCUACUGCUUCAGGAUGGUAUGUGUUCCAAAUGGAUGUUCAUAAUGCUUUUCUUCAAGGAGAUAUUCUUGAAGAGGUGUAUAUGCAUGUUCCUAAUGGCUUUUCAAGCCAGGGGGUGUCAGCAUUAACUGGAAGUAGUCUAAAACUGAUCAAACAAGUCAGAAAGGAUUUGCAGGAGAGGUUCAAGAUAAAAGAUCUUGGUGAACUUAAAUACUUUCUAGGGAUUGAGUUCUCUAGAUCUCAGGAAGGAAUAGUUAUGUGCCAAAGGAAGUAUGCUUUAGAACUAGUUUCUGAACUAGGACUAGCAAGUGCAAAGCCAACAGCAACACCUUUGGAGUUCAAUCACAAGCUCACAUCCAUUGAGUUUGACAAGCAAAUACCAGAUGUUAGAUCUACAGUUGAUAAGGAACUUGAAGACAAGGGAGGAUAUCAGAGACUAGUUGGAAGGUUGCUAUAUUUAACCAUGACAAGGCCUGACAUUGCCUUUGUGGUUCAAGUUCUCAGUCAGUAUAUGCAUGUACCUAAGGUGUCUCACAUGGAAGCUGCCCAAAGAGUGGUGAGGUAUAUCAAAACUGCUCCUGGACUUGGACUGUUUAUGCUUGCAAAAGUAAGCAAAUCUCUGUUUGCAUACUGUGAUUCUGAUUGGGGAGCUUGUGUAGAGUAA